UGCAGUGCAGUGAAAAGGAAACAAUACGCGACAUAUCGUCAACAAAACAACUAUAAAUUGCUAGCACAUAGCAAAAUUAUAAAUGAAAAUAAAAACAAUAAUAAAUUUGUAAACCAUGAGACAAAGGUUGAAAUAGCAGAUAAAUUAUAAAUAAAAGUGUUCAUAUGUGAUGUCUUUGUUUAGUUGUUCUUGGUCAAUCGUUGCAUUCAAACGUGUAUUCUUCUGCAAUUAAUGAUUCACAUCUUUAUGGUGACUCAAACGAAGAAAAAGAUAAAAAAGAUAAAUAAAAACAAUAAUAAUUUUUUAUUAAUUGUGAAUAUUGUGCAUUGUCUGAUAAAUUGAGAACAAACAUUUUGAUUGAUGUUGAUGGAAUCGGUAUCAUUUUAUCAAUGUUAUAAUUUAUUCGAAAGAAAAUCACUGUAAAUACCAAACCAAAGAUGUGGGAAUAUUAUGGCAAACCGGGAACUUCACCAAUUGAUUGGUGUGAAGGCAAUUAUCAAGUGAGCAGCAAUAUAGCAGAGUUCGUAAAUACAUUGAGCAAUUUCUUGUUUUUGUUGUUGCCACCGAUUUUGAUACACUUGUUCAGAGAUUAUGGUCACUUUGUAAACCCUGGAAUACAUGUCAUAUGGGUUCUAAUGAUUGUUGUCGGGUUAAGUUCGGCAUAUUUUCAUGCAACCCUCUCGCUCAUCGGCCAAUUACUUGAUGAGCUGGCUAUUUUGUGGGUGUGUGCGGCCGCAUUUUCGAUGUUUUUUCCAAAAAAAUUCUUUCCUCGUUGUUUGAAUGGAAACCGGAAAAUAUUCGGCACCGUGUUGGGAAUAUGCGCUGCAAUUUGCACAGGACUUACGUUUUGGGAGCCAGCUGUCAAUGCUUUUGCGCUUAUGCUUCUCGUUAUUCCAACAUUUAUAAUAUUGUGUUCAGCAAUUAAAGAGGAGCGUUCAAUGCGAAUCUACCGGUUAGGAUUGCGUACAGCGCUCGUUAUGACAUUGGCCAUUAUAUGCUGGUUACUUGAUAAAUUCUUCUGUGAUACUGUGCUUGGUGAAAAAUUCCCAUAUUUGCAUGCAAUGUGGCACAUUUUAAUUUUCAUAUCAUCGUACACUGCUUGUGUUCUAUUCGCAUACUAUGCGGUCAAAGAAGAAUAUGCGAAUCGAAUUGCUGAUCUCCGUUACUGGCCUGUCAAUGAUUUUGAGCUUGGUAUUCCAUUUGUUUCCAUCAAAUGUUAUUACAAUGAUGAAAAACGAAAUAUAUAACUCGAAAAUGCAACACACAGCGGUCAGCAUGUGUGAAAUACGACGAAAUAGGACACCCGGAUACAUUUCAAUGUACUCAAUUUGAUAUACACACUGAUUAGCAGAGUCAUAGAUUUUAAACGACGUUACAAAGACAUACCAAUUGAUGAUAAAGAUUCACGAAGAACACAUUUCAAUUAUAACUAUAAUCGUGACUUCGGUCCAUUUUAUCAACUAUAACAUAUGUUAUAGAUUUUUAUUGAGACACUUUAAGUUUUAUUUUUUUUUUUAUCCUGAAAUUUUGUUUAUUGUGAAAGAUUACUAGACACUAGUAUAUUUUGUAAGCUAUUAUUUAGUGUAGUGUUACUAUAUCCCGUAAUUAUUCUUUUACUAAUGGACAACUGACGAUUUAUCAAUUUAAAAGUACCAGUAUAUAUGUACUUAAAUGAUUUUCCAUUUGAUUUUCGCAGAAAAACCACAUAAAUAUAAAUAUAUAUACCAUAACACCGCAUGCCGAACGAUAAUUGAAAUCAGAUUUACAUAGUUUAUACAUUUUACGCUUCCAUGAUAGUGUUAAAUAAAUGAUAUUUGCAUUAAACAUGCAUGCAUCACAAUACCACAAAACAUUUGACUAUAUGCCAUUAAAUGAUAUGAGAUAUUGUUAUUAAAACUUAUAGUAGCCAAAAUAGAAAAUAA